CCCCUGGAUGUCCCCUUCAUCCUUAUGGGAUGGGGACAAGAGGGACAGCUGGGGUCCCUUUCAUCCUUGGGUCUAUGGGGAGGGGGUGGGAGAGACCCCUGGGGGUCCCCAAACCCCAUGGGAUUGGGGUGGAAGAGACCCCUGGGGUCCCCAAAACCCAUGGGAUGGGGACAAGAGGGACAGCUGGGGUCCCCUUCAUCCCUGGGUCUAUGGGGUGAGGGUGGGAGAGACCCCUGGGGGUCCCCAUUGUCCCCAAACCCAUAGGACAGCGAUGGGGACCCUCAGGAUCCCCUUCAUUGUUAUGGGGUGGGGGUGGGACGCCAGAGGUCCACGUUGUCCCCAAAACCCAUGGGAUGGGGACAAGAGGGACAGCAGGGGUCCCCUUCAUCCUUGGGUCUAUGGGGUGGGGGUGGGAGAGACCCCUGGGGUCCCCAAAACCUGUGGGAUGGGGACAAGAGGGACAGCUGGGGUCCCCUUCAUCCCUGGGUCUAUGGGGUGGGGGUGGGAGAGACCCCUGGGGGUCCCCAAAACCUGUGGGAUGGGGACAAGAGGGACAGCUGGGGUCCCCUUCAUCCUUGGGUCUAUGGGGUGAGGGACAAGGAUGGGGACAAGUGGGGACCCUUGGAUGUCCCCUUCAUCCUUAUGGGAUGGGAGGGACAACCAGGGGUCCCCUUCAUCCCUGGGUCUAUGGGGUGGGGGUUGGAGAGAUCCUUAGGGGUCCCCAUUGUCCCCAAACCCAUAGGACAGCGAUGGGGACCCUCAGGAUCCCCUUCAUUGUUAUGGGGUGGGGGUGGGACGCCAGAGGUCCACGUUGUCCCCAAAACCCAUGGGAUGGGGACAAGAGGGACAGCAGGGGUCCCCUUCAUCCUUGGGUCUAUGGGGUGGGGGUUGGAGAGACCCCUGGGGGUCCCCGUUGCCCCCAAAACCCAAGGGAUGGGGACAAGAGGAACCCUUGGGGGUCCCCAAAGCCAUAGGACAAGGAAGGGGACAACAGGGGACCCCUGGAUGUCCCCAUCAUCGUUACGGGGUGGGGGAGGGACCCCCGUUGUCCCCACCUGUGCAGGAGGACUAAAAGCAUCUGAGCCCAGCAACGCGGCUGCGCUGUGUUGUCACCUGGGGGUUGGGGGUGGCGAGGUGACACCCCGUGGCAGAGCUCCCUGGUGUCCCCAACGUCCCUACGAUGUCCCCAGUGUCCCCAAUGUUCCACUGUCCCCUCACAGUGUCCCCAUGAGGUCCCCAGUGUCCCCAUACUGAUGUCCCCAACAUCCCAUGGCACAGCCACACGGUGUCCCCAACAUCCCAAUGUCCCCAUGGCAGUGUCCCCAAUGUCCCCAUGGUGAUGUCCCUAAUGUCCCAUGGCACAGCUUCAUGAUGUCCCCAACGUCCCUGUCAUGUCCCCAGUGUCCCUAUAAUGACGUCCCCAAGGCGAUGUCCCCAGUAUCCCAUGGCACAGCCUCACGUUGUCCCCAACACCCCCAUGGUGGGGUCUCCAGUGUCCCCUCCCAGUGUCCCCAUGGCCAUGUCCCCAUGGUGAUGUCCCCAGUAUCCCAUGGCACAGCUUCAUGAUGUCCCCAAUGUCCCUAUGAUCUUCGUCUUGUCCCCAACAUCCCCAUGGUGACGUCCCCAACAUCCCAGUGUCCCCUCACAGUGUCCCCAUGGUGACGUCCCCAGUGUCCCAUGGCACAGCUUCAUGAUGUCCCAAUGUCCCUAUGAUGUUCCCAGUGUCCCCAGCAUCCCUAUGGUGACGUCCCCAAUGUCCCCACAGUGAUGUCCCCAGUAUCCCAAGGCACAGCUUUGUCUUGUCCCCAACAUCCCCAUGGUGACGUCCCCAGUGUCCCCUCACAGUGUCCCCCUGUUGUCCCCAACGUCCCCAUGCUGAUGCCCCCACAUCCCAUGGCACAGCUGUGCAGCGUCCCCUACGUCCCUAUCAUCUCCCCAUGGCGUUGUCCCCUGCGUCCCCAUGGUGGUGUCCCCAAUGUCCCCUCCCAGCGUCCCCACAUGACGUCCCCAAUGUCCCCAAGCCACCCUUUGGUGGCACCAUCCACACAUCGAGGCGGGACAAACAAGGCAGGGUGUGACGAGGGGACGGGACCUGGGUUCCCCACCCCAGACGU